UACAACCAACAGAUUACAAAACACAAACAUAUCAUCAUCUAAUAGUCCUAGCUAGCUAAUUACCCAAUUAAUACACAUAUAUAUAUAUAUAGAGAGAGAGAGUAAUAUAUAUUUUAUGAAAAAAUAAUGGCAAAUGUUAUUAUUCCUGUGAGAUUCAAGAGAAUAACAGAAGCAUUUGAUGAUGAUGCAAGAGCAAGGCUCUGCCAAAGCAGUAGCGGAAGUGACCAUUCUUCCGUCACUGAUCUUUCGGAUCUCGUUGACUCCUUUUUAUUCGAAGAAGCGCCGGCGGAUGAUGAUCGAAACACCAACAAUAAUAUUAUUAAUAGGGAUUGUUUUGAUGACAAUUAUAAUAAGGAGACAUUAUUAGAUGAUAUUAAUAAUAAUGAUGUUGAGAAUUUUUUUGGUACGGAUCCGGAUACUAAGGAAAUGCUGGCCGAUUUGUUACAAGUAGAUGCUCAAGAUCGAGUGAUCAUUGUUAAUGAAGUUUCUGAUCUCAUCAUUUGCCAAAAUAUGGACGGGAUUUUGGAUGAUGGAUUUAAGAGACGGUUGAUGACUAUGUUGAGAACUCGAGGAUUUGAUGCUGGUCUAUGUAAGUCACGAUGGGAGAAAACCGGACGGCAUCCAGCUGGCGAAUACGAGUACAUCGACAUUGUCAUCUCCAACAAUAAUCGUUACAUUGUGGAAGUCUCAUUAGGAUCCGAAUUUACAAUCGCACGGCCAACAAAAACUUAUCAAUCACUACUCGAUAUGAUUCCCAAAAUUACGGUUAUUAAAACAAACGAGCUAAAGCAAGUUACAAGGCUAAUGUGUGCCGCAAUGAGAGCUUCUUUGAAAUCUAGAGACAUGCUUGUUUCACCAUGGAGAAAAAAUGGUUACAUGCAAAAGAAAUGGUUUAGUUCCUUUAAACGAACUACAAACGCUCUGCCAGUGCGGUCACCGUCAUCAGUUUUAGCUGAUGACCGCACUGGUGAAAGUUUUUUAAGUUUUGAGUUUUUACCGGUGGUUGGAUGUAGGAAGGAGGUUGGGAGAACGCAUGUGGUAAGUAAUUUGAAAACGUUGAUGUUGAGUGGCAUGUCAUAGUAAUUAUCAUGUAUUUAUCAGGGUGUUUUGGUAAAUGAAUUAAGAAUCAUUAGAUAAUGAAAUAGUGUUUAUUGUUUGGAA